UUGUUUUUGUUAUCUAUACUGCUUUUCACAUCAUCCUACAGAAAAAGUCCCUAGAGUCUAUCAACUCCAGGCUUCAGCUGGUUAUGAAAAGUGGUAAAUAUGUACUGGGAUACAAACAGACUCUGAAAAUGAUCCGGCAGGGCAAAGCCAAGUUGGUCAUCCUUGCCAACAACUGUCCCGCUCUGAGAAAAUCGGAAAUUGAGUACUAUGCUAUGUUGGCCAAAACUGGCGUGCACCACUAUAGCGGCAACAACAUUGAACUGGGUACAGCUUGUGGAAAGUACUACAGAGUAUGUACGCUGGCCAUCAUUGACCCAGGCGAUUCUGACAUCAUUAGAAGUAUGCCAGAACAAACCAGUGAGAAGUAAUAUUGCAGAACUUUUCAUUUUUGUGUAAUAAAAACUGGUUACAAAUCUA